GAAGUCUACUUAAGUAAAGUACAGAUACAUAAAACGUGUACUUAAGUACAGUACUUAAUUACUUUUACUUCGUUGCGUUCUACGUUUUUUUUUUUGCGUGUCUCCAGCUUUGGCCCGGAGGUAGUCAGGGGGAUGUAGUGCGUUUGGAGGGGGACUGAAAACGUCACAUUCAAGGAGCUGUAGCAGCUUUGUUAACUCCAGAAGUUAGAGCGCCAGCUGCGCUCCAUAAACAUCCCCAUAUUACUAAGCGCACAGCACACAGCUCCAGCGGCACAAUGAAGAGCGCACUCUUUUACCUUCUGGUGACUUUACCUGCCGUCAGGGCGACUCCUUUUCAAUACAACGUAUUCCAAGGAAACACUUACUCUGGCUCCGAAUCACGUCAGAGGAAUAAAAAUUGGUGUGCGUAUGUGGCGCAGAAAAACGUAAGCUGUGUGAUCACUGGUGGUACGGAGAGCUUUGUGCAGCCCGAGUUUGUGCCGUGCCCGCCAGAGAUGCCGCACUGUGAGCCACAGAUGGUAUAUCGGACACACUUCAGACCAAUGUAUAAGAUUGGCUACAAGAUUGUGUCAGAGCUAGAGUGGCGGUGUUGCCCAGGAUACCAGGGUUAUGACUGUAAGGAGCUCAAAGACACAAGUCUGCUGUCACCAAACCGCUCACCCUCUUCUCCAUCAGGUCAUAUUCCAGUGCCCCAAGGUCCACAAGUGAACACAGAGCAUCCAUGGGCAGGAGAUGGACAGUUUCCUAUUCACACACGUCAUAAACCUUCAUUUGGCCAGGCUGGAUCUCCAAACCCCCGACACUUGGAAGAGGAGGUGAAACAUCUCUCGCAGAUGGUCCUGGACAUGCAAGCCAGGAUGACUGACAUGGCUUCUAACUUGCGACUGGACUUUCAAGAGGAUGCCAGUAAAAUGCUGAUAUCCCUGUUGAAUGACCACAGACAGCCAGCUAGUGCUCGUGGCGCCAAUACACAGACCGUCCGGGUCCAGGACCUCGCUACUGAGCCAGAGACGUGGCUUGAGGUCAUGGACAAGAUCAACCGCGUCACUGGUGCCAUGGAGUCCAACUCCAACACCCUAGAUGACCUCUUGGAACGGGUCAACCGUCAAGAUGGACAAAUUGAUCUGCUGAUAAAGAGCGCAAAGAAGCCGCAAGUAAUGCCUGCCUCAGGAUAUGAGCCUGACCUACGAUCCUACUUGGACGAAAACAUCCGUGUUUUGAGGGAGGAGCUGAUGGAAGGCAUUGAGAUUAAAAUGGCAGAUAUGAAAAACUCGUGUGAGUAUAAAAUGAUGUCUGUCCAGGAGCUAUGUGAGAACCAGGAGUCCCACUACCUCAGUCUAACUGAACUUAUGGAAUCAAAAGAGGAUGACCUCCGCAAUGAAAUCAAACAGCUCAAAUCAAAGUUGGAAAGAGAUGGACAAGGACAGUCUGGAAAUUCUUCUCUGCCAAAUGCAGUUGUGGCUCGAGUGGAAAACAUAGAGCGAUGUCUAAACCUUUCUGAGAAAACUUUGUCAAGGAAGUGUGGACACUUAAAUACAGAUCAGUCACAGGAUCUUCAAGAUCUUAAGACAGCUGUGGAGGCAAAGUUGGUCUUCAUGCAGGAUAGACUGGGUUCUUUUUUGGCAAAUACAGGGACAGACUCCUCACCUGGUUUGGAUUCAACUCACAACAUGCCACUGGACAAAGCUGCUAACUUCACUGGAAAAACACUGAAUUAUUUACAGAAAGGCCUAAAUAAAACUGAGGCUAAAGUAACAGUUAUGGAGAAGAGUCAUCAAGACUACCAAAAAGAUAUAGACAUCCUCAAAACAGGUAUUAAUAUACAACAUCGAAAACUUGGAGAUAUGGAAAAAUCUAUUUUCAUCAACAAUUUGAACUUUGAAAAUCUUACCAAAGAGCUAAGAUCAGUCAAAAAUGACCUAGAAACUACACAUUGCAAAGAAAAAACAAAAGAAGUUGGGAAGGAGCUGGCUCACCUGGACAGUCGUAUUGCAACUGUAGAAGGUUUAUGCAGCAAGCUGGAGCCCAUCUCUAAUCAUCUUGAGCGGAUCAAAGAUGGCCUUAACAAACAUGUCACCAGUUUGUGGACUUGUGUGAAUCAGCUUAACAGCACAGUGGGGUCCCAGAGCAGUGACAUAGGCCAGCUGAGAGGAACCUGUCAGAAUCUAGAGACCUAUCUGUCCCAAGUCACCAAAGAUCUUCAGUCAUUCUCAACCAGCCGUCCCACGGAGACAGCUGAUGAUGCUGCAGAACCUCCCAAGGCAGGACCCCCCCUGGCAGGACCUCCCCUGGCAGAACCCCCCCAGGCAGGAGCUCCUCCGGCUGGCCCUAAAAUGACUGUGAUUGAGUCUGGUGAGGCUGGACCCCCUGGCAAAAUGAUCUCAUCCAAGUUACCCCGGGGUGCAGAUGGGAGCAUGGCACCUGUUCAAGGCUAUGCAGGGGCCCCAGCCUCUCCAGAUAAAUCUAGUGAGACAUUAAAGCCAGGCCAGCCAGUGGUUUCAGAAGAGAAGAUUGCAUUCUCUGUUGGCCUAACUCUCUUACGUGUUCUGGGAGACGCUGGUACUAUUCGGUUUAACAAAGUGUUGGUCAAUGAUGGAGGAAACUAUGACCCACACACAGGUAUCUUCACAGCUCCCAUGGGUGGCCGUUACCUGGUGAGCGCUGUGCUUGCCCCCCAGCGAGGUGACAAAGUGGAGGCUGUCCUGUCUGUGUCCAACCACAGCAUUCAGAAACUGGACUCCUCAGGGUUCUUCUUUGGAACCACACAGCCACAUGGACAGUGUAACUGCAGUAGUGUGGCCUCCCUCAGCCUGGUCCUACCUCUCAAACAAGGAGACCGGGUCGGACUCCAACUGACUUCUGGCAAACUGGCCACUUCAGCCUCAUCUGAGAUCCUGUCCUCUUUUAGUGCUGUGCUGCUCUAUGCCACUCCAGUCAUACACUAGCUAUGUGCAACCUAUCAACAUGUGUGACUUUGUGGAAGGUUUUAAUAGUUUACAUUUGAUUUGAUUGUAUAAAAUGCAGCAACUAUAAUUAUUAUUUGUAAUGGUGAUGCCCACAGCGUAGUGACAGAACUACAGGUAGUGUUUAGCUGUGGCAAGGCAACCUGUGAGGUUAUACAGAAAUAACACAUUUUAGCAUUAGCAUUAAAAUUCUCACUCACCAUGGUUUAAUUCUUCAAUGUUCACUAUAUCAGGUAGUUCUCAUGGUAUAUAAUAUUUAUUUUCACCUUUACAGACAGCCUCAAAUCCAGUAUGCAUCUCAGUGGUAAAAAUCUCCCUGAGCACAGCUUCAUACUACCCUUACAUAAUAUACAUACAUAAAUGUUCAGCACUGUUGGUUAUUCUCUAAUUUGUUUGAGAAUACCCUUACUCAUCAGUGCAGAAACAAUUUUAUUAACCAGUAAACAUAUUUGUAUGAAGUACUGACAAAAUACUGAUGUUAAGAUUCUUAAUAUUGAAAUUAAACUUCUUAAUGUUAAAAUUGCAGUCACAAUUAGCAGAUUGCAGAGACCUGCAACAUUGUUGAGCUUUAUGAUUAACAAAACGCGGCAGCAUUUUCUCCAUUUAAAUUAUCAUUGAAAAAAAUAUGUGAGUUCUUCACAUAAAAUUUCACUUUCAUAGAAAGAAUAUAUUUUAUACUAAUGUGAAGUAAAUUAGCUUUAAGACAAAGGCUGAAGCAAAAUAAAUCAUAUCACUGGUAAAAUCUAAUGCAAAUACAAAAUAUAAGACAUUCUUAAACUAUUUUCCAGUGUCCCUACAGGGACUAUAGCAGCAGUAUCUCUUUAUCUGUCAGACUUAACACUGCAUCAACCUCAUGAGAACAGCAUAAUAAUUAAGGCCUGAAAAUAUACAGCUUCUACCUUCUUUAUAAAUGCAAAAAUCUAUAGUUUAAUGUGUGUGUGCUGAUACUAACAUGUAACACCUAACAUUAUUUACUAAAGUGCAUAAUAACUUCAUGCAUAAGCAUGCGCAUAUGUUGGGCUGUGUCAAAAAUGCAUAGCAACAUGUCAAAUUCACUUAUGCUCAAGGGAUUACCAUUAGUUCUGCUUUAAGGAUGUAUGCAACCCCAAAAAAAUGUUAUCACUCCAAAAAAAAUGAUACUGUAUUCCUGUAUUCCUGUAUCCUGUAGGCAAUCCCAGCUGUCCGGUGUGAUAAUCCAGUGUACAUACUACAGUGUUUAAUAGCCAAACUCGUCAAAGCACACUGGGGGAAUGGGCUGCCUCCAGAAGCAGAAGGAGCUGAACUCUGGGCAGCAGAAGGUGGCGUUAUGUUGUGUGUUUCUUAAAGGGAAUACAUGCUCCACCAGCUCACUCAGGCGACUGUAUCUAAAGUGGAAAGAGUUGAACAAUAAGACCUUGUCUGUCUGAGACACACACACACACAGUGGUUAGUGGUGUGAUACUUACGAUGUUUUAUUGCCUUUGGCCAGCUCCAGGAUCAACUCCCCUUUUGGAUUCACUGUAAAGAUCCGGCUCACAGGCACACCCACUUUCUUGUAGGCAAACACAUCCUUAAGACAGAAAAGAAAAACAAUAGUUCAAAACAAUAAUUGCAUUUGAAUAUAGAGUUUACGUAAAAUAAAAAGACAAACACUUACAUUGUCUCUGUUUCCAAAAGCUGCGUAGAAGGGAUGAGUGUUUGGGGAAAACAGAUUCUUAAUGUCUGUCAGACAUUCAAUUUUGAACUUUUCUGGCUUUUUUUCAAUGACUUCUCUAUUAAAAGAAUCAAAAAUG